GCGAAGUAUGAACAAGAAGUUUACGAGAUGGUUCGGACAGAUUUCACGCUGAGAGCAGUUGAAAGCAUUUAAUGAAAAACUGUCAGAGAAACACAUAAAGAACUGAAAUUGAUAAUAAAACAUUCGCAACUCAAAUUCUCUUGUUGACAGUGCAAGCAAGUAUAGAAAUCUAUGGUCUCUGCCUGUGUCCAACUGGACAAAUAUCUGACAUCUGUGAUUAUCAGCUGACAGGUCUACUGUGUUGACUCAUUUUACCCUGGAACAUGGAUGAGUUCGACGACGAAGGAGAUGAACUGUUGUCAGGCUACGAGUUGGGGCUUGAUGGACAGAACUGCGGUAAUACGAACGUCACAACAACUGAUGAGAAGAAUUGUUCAGUCCCUGAAUCUUUUCCAUUUCCCUUUGAGCCGUAUGACAUACAGAAAGGCUUCAUGCAGGAGCUGUAUCGGUGUCUUGAACUUGGCAAAGUUGGAAUAUUUGAAAGUCCUACUGGUACUGGCAAGUCAUUGAGUGUUAUAUGCGGGGCUCUGAAAUGGUUGCGAGAUUAUCAGCAGAAACAGCAGGAGGAGCUUGAAAAACUGAUGGCAGAGGACACCACCUCAAGCACUACACAAGAGAAAUCUGCAUCCACAGCAGCACCAGAACUUGACUGGGUGGCAGAGUUCGCUGCCAAGAAGGAUAAGGAAGAAUCCCUGAAACAAGUCAAGAUUGAGCAGGAGCAGGCCCAGAAGAGAGAAGCUCGUCUCAAGAAGCUGCGUACAAACCUGCCUCAUUUGGCUGGCAAACGCAAGCGUGACAAGCUGGACGACGAGUUUACCGAGCUGAUGCGAGAUGCAAGCCAGGAGCUGAAGGAGGCAUUCGAUGCAGAGAUAUCACAGGUAGAGAAUGACGGUUGUCAUGGUGAUGAAGAGCUGGUUUUGGCAGAUUACCAUAGUGAUGAGGAAGACAAGGAGAAAGAGGCUGAUCAAGAUGAGGAAGAGGAGCAUGUUACCAAGAUCUACUUCUGCAGCAGAACUCACUCUCAACUGUCACAGUUUGUCCGGGAAAUCAUUAAGAGCCCAUAUGGAGAGAACACACGGGUGACAUCUCUGGGAUCUAGACAGAGUCUGUGUGUCAACGAGAGUGUCCGGCGGUUGAAGUCCCUCAGCCUCAUGAAUGAUCGCUGUUUAGAGCUUCAGAAGAACAAAGGUAAAUCAAAGGAACCUGGUGCCAAGAAGAGCAAGAAGGCAGACAGUGCUGGUUGCCCCUUCUAUAAACAGUCCUUGAUACAAGACUACACUGACAGGGCACUGCUAAAUAUUGGGGACAUUGAGCAGCUGGUGAAGCUGGGGCGGGAUUUGAAAGCUUGUCCUUACUUUGGGACGAGAUUUGCUGUCCCUUCAGCAGAGAUUGUUGCUCUCCCUUACAACACCUUGCUGCAUCACUCAACAAGGGAAGCAUGUGGCAUCAAGCUUGCUGGAAACAUCGUCGUCAUCGACGAGGCACACAAUCUACUGGAGACCAUCAACAACAUCUACAGCACAGAGGUCACUGGGGCCCAGGUGCUACGUGCCCACUCUCAGCUCAGUCAGUACGAAGCCAAGUUCCGAUCCCGUCUGAAGGCCAAGAAUCUGAUGUAUGUGAAACAACUCCUCUACGUCCUUGCCAGUCUGGUCAAGUUCCUGGGUGGGAAACUUGACACUGCAGCAGAUAAGCAGUUACUUGGGGCAAAAGAAACCCGACUGUUGACAAUCAAUGACUUCCUGUUUCAAGCCAGUCUUGACAACAUCAAUCUGUUCAAAGUGCUCCGUUACUGUCGACGUAGCAUGAUCAGCAGGAAGCUGAAUGGGUUUGUGGAGAAGUACCAGAUUCAGGAGGUUGCCCCUGCUCCAUGUAAGACAGAAAAGAAAACCGAGUCUGGUUUGUCUGUGUUUCUGAAGGAAAUCAACCGGAAGGCCGAGCCUGUGGCGGAGACAGUAGUGACAGAUGCAUCGUCUCGGUGUGGGGACCAGCCAGUGUUGAAGUCUCCCCUGAUGCACAUCGAGGGUUUCCUGGAGGCUCUCACCAAUGCUGAUAAAGAUGGGAGAAUGGUCAUCAGUGUGCAAACUCGGCUCAGUCAGAGUUACCUCAAGUUCUUGCUGUUAAACCCUGCCGUCCAUUUUAAAAGUGUCGUGAAGGAGGCGAGAGCUGUAGUAGUGGCCGGAGGCACCAUGCAGCCGAUUUCGGAGUUUAAACAGCAGCUAUUCACAGCGGCAGGGGUUCAGGCAGACAGGAUACUGGAAUACUCGUGUGGUCACGUGAUCCCAGGCUGCAAUAUCUUGCCGAUGGUUGUGCCAAGUGGACCUUCAGACCACAUCCUGGAGUUCACCUAUCAGAACAGAGACAAACCCGCAUUGCUUGAUGAGCUGGGCCGUCUUGUGAUGAACGUGUGUCAGGUGGUACCAGGGGGUGUGGUCAUGUUCUUCCCAUCUUACGAUUACGAGAAGAAAGUGUACAACCACUGGGACAGUUCAGGCAUGCUGAAGAAGAUAGCAGCCAGAAAGAGGAUAUUCCGUGAACCCAAACUGGCUUCUAUGGUUGACUCAACUCUUGCUGAGUUUGGCAAAUGUAUAAAGUUCAGUGUCACAGCAUCAGCCGGUGUCACUGGGGGUAUCCUCCUCUGUGUUGUGGGAGGCAAAAUGAGUGAAGGGAUUAACUUCUCUGAUGACCUCGGCAGGUGUAUAGUCAUGGUGGGAAUGCCAUACCCGAACAUGUACUCGCCUGAACUCCGGGAGAAGAUGGACUACCUCAACAAGAAUUAUCCUAAAACUGAGGACGGUCGACUUCCUGGACAGAUUCACUAUGAGAACAUCUGUAUGAAGGCCGUCAACCAGUCUAUCGGUCGAGCUAUCCGUCACCGUGGCGAUUAUGCCUCCAUCCUUCUGUGUGACCGUCGCUAUGGCAGCCCAAAUGUAGCAGGCAAACUGCCGUCUUGGAUUAGUCAGCAUCUAAACAAAAUGGCCAGAUUUGGUCCAGUCAUGGCCGCCAUGUCCAAGUUUUUCACUGAAAAGAAAAAACUCAACCUUUGACAGAAGAGGUGCUGGUGAACGUUUGAAGAAUAUACCCAGUGCAAGAUGAUUUGUUGAAAGUUAAUACUUGAGGGAUAAAUAGACGUCUUAUUGUA